AUGACUUCUUUAAACUUCUUAUUUUUCUCUCCAACUCUACUAAUAAUCAUUAUACUCUCCUCCACACCCAAUUUCUCUUGUGCUUCUUUAGAAGAAGUAAAUGCUCUUCUUAAAUGGAAAGCAAGCCUUGAAAUCCCAAACAACUCCUUUCUCUCUUCAUGGCUUCCCCUCCCUAUGAAUUCCAAUGCAUCAGUUCCAUGCACUUCUUGGUUUGGAGUAGUUUGCAAUGCUGGUGGGAGCAUUCAGAGGCUAAACCUCAGUUCAUCGAGCUUAAAGGGUACGCUUCAUCAAUUUUCAUUCUCAAUGCUACACAGUCUUACUCAUUUUGAUCUCAGUGUCAACAACUUCUCUGGCCCCAUCCCACCAGAAAUCCGACUCUUGACCAAACUUGUAUAUCUUGAUUUUUCAGAGAAUAAGUUUUCAGGAGUAAUCCCACCUGAAAUAGGAAACAUGAACCAGCUAACCAUCUUGUACCUAUACUCAAACAAUAUAUCUGGCUCAAUACCAAUUGAACUUGGGAAUUUGAAGUCUCUCACUGACAUUCAGGUGGCCUACAAUCAACUUAAUGGUUCUAUUCCUUCAUCACUAGCAAACCUCAAGAACCUACACACUCUGUACCUCCAUGAGAUAAAUUAUCCGGUCCCAUUCCUAUUGAACUUGGAAAUUUGGAGUCUCUUACUCAUCUUGCGGUGA